AGGACCAGGCAGGGGGUUAGCAGUGGCUCCAGAAGUGACUCCACCUCCAGCAAAACCUUCCCCCAUCCAGGGCAGAGCUGUGGAUGUGGAUGUGGAUGUGGUGACUCCAGUCUGCAGCAGUAGCAGAGCUCAGGAUCUCCAGCAUGUGGGCCUCGGUGCUUCUCUCAACUCUGGCUGUAUCGGUUUUGGACUGUUCUUCAGGGAGCGUCCAGUUUAAUGGAGUUCUGGAGCCCUACGACCUGCUGUUUGAUAAUGCGGUGGAGGCCUACUACAGGCAGGACUGGCUGUCUGUGAUUCUGAAUAUGGAGAGAGCUCUGAGGAAUAAAGGCAUGAUCCGGAAGGUCCGGACCGAGUGCCGACUCGCCUGCGCCAACCACACCGGCUUUGGAGAGCCCGUUCCCGGCGUGGCGGCGCCGCCGGUCCCCGGGGCUGGGUCUCUGGAGGACUUAGGGUUUUUCCAGAAAGUGCUGAAGCGGGCCGAGUGUGUGAGCGCCUGCGAAGCGGAGAAACUGGGACCACCGUCUCUGCACAAAGUUAGCGAAGCAGUUGAGCUGGAGUUUAAGAAGAGGACCCCUUAUAAUUACCUGCAAGUGGCUUAUUUUAAGAUAAACAAGCUUGAUAAAGCAGUGGCCGCAGCAAAUACCUUCUACAUUGCGAACCCUGAUCAUGUAGAGAUGAGGCAGAACCUGGAGUACUACAGUCUGAUGGCUGGAGUGCAGGAGGCUGACUUCAAGGACUUAGAGGCCAGACCCCACAUGGCAGAGUUUCUGGCUGGGAAGAAGCUGUACAGUGCGGAGAGUUUCUCGCCAGCCAUCGAUCACUUUGAGGCAGCUGUGGAUGAGUAUUUCACUGCAGACGCUGAGUGCAGGGUGCUGUGUGAGGGAGCGUAUGACUACGACGGGUACAACUACAUGGAGUACAAAGCUGACCUCUUCCAGUCCAUCACAGAUCACUACCUGCACAUUCUGAACUGCAAGCAGAACUGCGCUGUGGAACUGGCCUCCACUGCUGGAAUGGAUAAGCCGAUUGAGGACUUCCUUCCUGCACAUUUCAACUACCUGCAGUUUUCCUAUUACAACAGUGAGAAAUAUGAGAAGGCUAUUGAGAGCGCUAAAACCUACCUACUGUUCCAUCCUGAGGAUGAGGUCAUGAAGCAGAACUUGGCGUACUACUCGGCUGUGCUCGGCGAGGAAAAGGCUGCAGACAUCUCAGCCAUGGAGGUUGUUGAGCAGUACAUCAAGAAGUCCGUGCUGGAGAAAGAGCUCCUUUAUUUUGGUUAUGAAAUUUUUGGAAUCACUUUUGUCGAUCCAGACACUUGGACUCCCGCAGAAGUUAUGCCUAAGAAACUACGAGACAAGCAGAAGGCAGACAGAGAGACAGCUGCCCGGAUUACAGAGGAGAUUGGCAAUCUGAUGAAAGAGAUUGAGACGCUGGUGGAGGAGAAGACCAAGGAAUCAACAGACAUCCCAAAAAUAAUUAAUGAUGGACCCAACAUAGAAUCACCUCUUCCAGCAGACAAGCCGGUGGCUGAUGCCGUCACAGUUACCAUGACCUCCGCGGCUCUGAACGGAUCUCAGAGAGUAGUGCUGGAUGGGGUCGUCACAGACGACGAAUGCCGGGAAUUACACAGACUCUCCAAUGUAGCAGCACAGAGCGGUGACGCCUACAGGGGUCAGACAAACCCUCAUUCACCAAGCGAGAUGUUCCAGGGGAUCACUGUUCUCAAGACUCUGAAGCUCGGUCAGGAGGGACUGCUCCCUGUGAAGAGCGCUCGUCUGUUUUUCGACCUCAGUGAGAAAGUGCGUAAAGUAGUGGAGUCCCACUUCAGCCUGGAGACUCCGCUCUACUUCUCUCACUCACAUCUGCUCUGCCGCUCAGCCAAUGAGGAGAAGCAAGAGGACCCGAGUCACCCUGUACAUGCUGACAACUGUCUGCUGAUCUCAGAACUUAAUGAGUGCAUAAAAGAGACAUCCACAUACACACACCAAGACUACAGCGCCAUUCUCUAUCUCAAUGAUGACUUUGAAGGGGGUGAUUUCAUCUUUACAGAACUGGAUGCUGAAACAGUCACAGCUGUGGUGAGGCCUCAGUGUGGCAGAGUCGUGGCUUUCGGUGGGAGCAAGGAGAAUCUCCAUGGGGUAAGAGCAGUGACCAAAGGCCAGCGCUGUGCUGUGGUGCUGUGGUUCACUCUGGAUCCCAAACACAACGAGAAGGAGCGAAUUGAAGCUGAGGAGCUCCUAAAAGUUCUCUCCAAUCCAUUGGAUAAAGAUUUCCAGCCAACAGAGAAGGACAAGUCAGAGCCACAGAACACAGAGCAGGACAAGACGGAGACACCUGUGCAGGAACAGCCCAGCAAAGCCUCUGAUGAACAGACCGACACUGCAGCUGAUACAAAGACAGACAACAAAGACGUUAAAAAGGAUGCGCAGCCAAAGGCUAAAUCUGCAAACAAAACAAAGGACAAAUCAGUGGACAAAAAAGAGAAGUCUGUGGACAAGAAGACGGUAAAAGUAGCCAAAACAGCCACCCAGACGAAAGCGAAACCAUCAGGAAAAACGAAAGAGGCAGACAAAACAAAGGCCAAAACAGCAGAAAAAACAAAGGCCAAAACAGCAGACAAAACAAAGGAGAAGUCAGUGGACAAGAAGACAGUAAAAGUAGUGUCUAAAAAGACUGGUGGCACAGAAAGCAAAAAACCCAAAGCAAAAACCUCCACGCAGAAAGACUCUAAAUCAAACUCACAACAAGAUAAAGAUAAAGAUGAGUUGUGAGUGUUUUUUAAAUGAAUCUUUAUUUUCUAAUUUUUAGUUUCUACUUUUUUCUUUUGCCAUUUCUUUGUGAUGGGAACAAUUUUAUUGCCCCUUUUUAUGCCACAUAAUGACAAAAUUGAAUCUAUAGCGUGGACUGAAGUCAUGAAUUACACAAGUUAUUCAUGUUUAAAGUUUUUUUUCUUGUAAAAACACCACAUUAGAACAGAAACAGGUACACAUACAUUCAGGAAAUACAUUUUUAAAGCUGUUUUUAAACUAGUUUGAAGAACAAAGCUUUGGUUCCAGAUCUCUUCUGUACGUCUGCAGCUAGAGUCCAUAAUUGAUGUGUUCAAUUCCAUCAGCAGCUCACCUGAUUUAACAUCAUUAAGCACUGAUUUAUGAAACCAAGUGUUGAUGUAGUGAUGAACAGAGGAUGACUUUGGAGAUGUAAAACCACUACUGUCUGUAUGAAUGCUAUUUGUAUUUAGUUAUUCUAUUAAUAGUGUUUUCACUUACUGUCCAGAAUGUUUUUAAUUAUAAUUUUCACAUGUGUCUUAAAAUUUUGCCCAGUAUUUUUAUAUAUUAAGUUAGUAUAAAGUUUUUAAAACAGAAAAAAAAACAGUUCAAUCUCAGGAAAGGAAGUCCUAUCAUAGCUGGUCAAAUAAAAUCAAUGUCAUUUGAGUUUAA